AUGUGGAACCAGAGCAUCUUGGUGUUAAUUCUAAUCGUCAGUGCAAUGACAGCAGAAAAUGUUGGCAAAAAACUUGUUUGUCAACAAGCAGACAAUUCAUUAGAUGCUCCCAGGGGCUAUUGCAACUUAUUGAAUGAAGACUGCAGCUGCACCGAUGAUUGUGUAGACACGCUUUCAAAAUCAGAUUGCAUCUGCGCAACAAGCGAUCUAUUAUAUGCCCAGCAAUCAGGACUCGCUAAUUGCAGUGCAUGGACGCAAGAUCAAUGGGCGAAAUACAUCCGCGUUGCACGGCCGAAGUCUGGUUUUGUAUCUGUAGCGCCAAGUAAUUUUAAGGGUGGUAAAAAGUUGGUCUUCUCGGCCUAUGAACGUAGUAUAGCAUGGCCCACUACACGUGCUCUUGGCUCGGAAAUUUUGUUCAUACAUGGCCCUCACUGCUUGCAUAUGGUAAAGAAGUUCAACGACAUCGUUAAAAGUGGAAAAACUCUGGACAACAAUUAUGAUCGGUCGCAUGCAGAUCACUGUCGUAGAUUAGCACGUCGUGUUCUCGCGUACUAUACGACCACUGACAAGGAGUAUCGAGUACAACCAGAAUCAUUAUGCCACGAUAUUCGUGCAGAAUAUAACGGAGACAAUAUCCUACCUCAGAGUGGAGAAUCGGAUAGGAGCCGCAAACUCGGGUAUGGUAUCAGCAUUCGUUUCAGGUAUGGUAGACAAUCUUUGGAUUCCAAUAAAACACAAUAUAGACCGCAGGCUAUUUACAAAGCACUUUAUGCGCUUGCACAGAAAGAAGAAAAUACCACGCAACCUUCACAACAAACAAUAUUUGAUUUGAUUUCUGGACACAACUUGGGAAAUCUUCUGGUAAAAGAGUGGCUACAGCUGCCAACGACAUCUAGAGAAAAAAUAUUAAUUUAA